CCCUUUAGGACAAGCCCACUUAAAACUGUGUGUGUGUGUGUGAGAGAAUGGAUGAUUGGUCCAGAGAGAGAGGAAUAAGAGCCUUGCCCCCUUCCUUCACCCUGUACUGCCUGUGUGAUACACGUCCAGUGUUCCCUUGACAACCCAUUCUCCCUACCCAAUCAGUAGAAUCACUGUAUACCCCCUCCCUUCCCAAGCCCUCUGCUUCCUGUGCCAUUUCCUGUGUGAUAGCUCUUAGCUGGAUGAACAGAUUAUUUUUUCAUUAUUAUAUUGAUUUUAAUUGUAGAUCUUAACUCUGAAUGUGCGUGUGUCUUUUUUUGCCCGUUUUCAGUCAUCCUGGCACUAGUUCACCAGAUUGUUAGAGUAGAGUGGACAAGGCACUGUUACCAGUCUAUAGUUUAAAUGCCUUCCAAUCACUCUGUUAAAAGGGCAGUGUACAGUAAAAUGGUGUUUGUGUAUGUCCUCUAGGGAAGCGUGAGGUCCAUGAGUUUAGUGGUGGAAGAUUGCUAAUCCCUGUUUGCCUCCCUAGCCCUCGGUGCUAAAUUACACCGUGGCUAUUUAGCAAUAAAGGCCAUUUGUACAAACCUCUCUAGCCCCCUCUACGACACGCACACACACACACUCUCCCAUAGUUAAUUGUUGCUUGCUAGUACCCUAGCCACUGAAACACUAUCAUGAGAUGGACAUACUCAUGAGGGGUACUCAUGAGGGGUCCUGUUGAUGAAUAAAUAAAAUCGUAGCACACAAUUGCAUACUCGCAUACAUGUUCACAACACACACACACACACUGGGGUAGGGGGGGGGGGUACAGGGGAAUCAGAUGUGGUCUGAUUGUUCUGCUCUGACCUGAUUUGGUAAAGGAAAGGGACUCAGUGCCUUAUCCACUCCACAUCAAGAGAAGAGGUGUAAGGCUUGGAGAUGGAAGUGUAUGUUUAGUAUUUGUGUGUGUGGAGUUUGUGUACUCUGUGUUUGUGUGUAUAUAGGACCGUUAUCUCAGAACAUUACAGUAUUGUACACAACUUGGGGUGUUGGACAUUUCUCUCCUGCAGCGAAUUGGCCCCUAUUAGCUAAGCAGCAAUGACCCGGUUUGUAUUUGCACGCUCCGCUUUCCUACUCCCAUCUUUUAGGGUUUCCUUGUAACGCUUCUCUUACUGUCUCUCUAUCACUCUUUCUGUCUUCACAUCGCUCUAUGUCUUUCUGCUCUCUCUCAAUCCAUCUCCUCUGUUCUUUUCAUGCACCUAUGUUCAAACAAUUCUUUCUCUCUCUCUACGACACUGUGAUUCGGUGUACAGUACCCUCUGUCAUUCUGUGCUGGCAUGGUGCUUGUGCAACUGGGACUGCAUUUUUCGCUGAUGAGGCACAUGGAUAAUAUCGCAGGCAGCUCUUUUCUCUCACUCCCCCUUCCAUCUCUCCCUCCCCCUUUCUCUCCGUGUCUCUCUCUCUCUCUCUCUCUCUGAAGCACCACGGAGAGCAGGCCUGAACUCCACUCUUGUCUCCACAACCUCUAUCCCCUCUCCUCCUCAGGGCAUAGUGGAUGUCCUCUGACUGCAACUAUUGAUCUGAUUCUGAGCAUCUCAAGGCACAGCAGAACAGUAUCUUAGCCCAGCUGCAUUGAGAGUUCAUGGCGAGAGUUCCAGCUAUAUUGAUAAAUAAAGCUUUACUUACAUGUAUGUACGAGGAGGGUUUUUAGGCUUUUGUUUUAAACUAUAUACAGCCAGUCUACAUCGAAACGCCACACACCCACACAACUAUACCUCUAGACGUUGAGAGCUUGCCUUAAGCAUGUAGCUGUAACAAAGCCAAAUUAUGCAGCCAGGCACUCUGGUGUAAAUAAUCCUGUGUCUGUUCUGUUGUGAGGCACAUAGACAGCAGCAGUAACAACAGCGGUAACAGCAAGGUCAGUCUGUCCUUCUCCUAGCUCUGUUGUUAUCCUGCUGCUCUGAAAGCAUUACUAAGCCAUGCUAAAAAGGCUUCCUUUAUGAAAUGUGAGGGAGAAACUCCUGUCUGGCCCUGACCAUUUCUCCAUAGGUCUUCAUAUGACUCAUAUAUAGACCCUGAUGGGUUGUCAUGGUGGGCGGAUUGACCAAACUAAGCUGAGCCACGUAGCACCAACCCACUCACUGGCUCAGGAGCCCACUGUGGGUGGGCGGUAGAGAGGAGUGGAGAGGAGAGGUGGCCUGCCUACCUGGGUAAAGUGGCUCUGUUGCUCCUGCGCUAUUGUCUAUGGAGGGGUGCUGAGAGCCGGGCUGUAGCACUACAGCUCCUGACAACACGUGGAGAGAGAGAGGACUGUCACUACAACCACAGACGCAUGCGCUCACAUAAUGCGUAUUACACACACAUACACACACACACCCAAACUUUUUUAAUUUCAGUGAAAUUGCAGUUGAUCAGCUUUGAAAGUUCACAGUUCCACUUAGGUUUGUCUGAUUUUCAAAAGGCUGUAACACACUCACCAACAUCAGCUGCCCCCACCCCCACCUCCCACUCCAGCAGCAGUGUCAUGGCUCUGGGAUGACGGGGGCAGUGACAGUUGUCAGCGUGUCUCACGUCACAGAGCUGGAUGUGUGUGCAGCUCCCGCACCUCUCUGUGCCCCUCCCCUGCCACUCGUGUGUGUGUGUGUUCUGAUCUGUAGGCAAGCUAGAGGUCUGUGGUACUUAACUGGAACUGUUUUCUCUCUCUGUCUUUCCCCUCUGUUUCUCUCUCUGUCUUUCCCCCUCUGUUCUCUCUCUGUCUUUCCCCUCUGUUCUCUCUCUGUCUUUCCCCUCUGUUCUCUCGUCUUCCCCUCUGUUCUCUCUCUUCUCCCCUCUGUUCUCUCUCUGUCUUUCCCCUCUGUUCUCUCGCUCUUUCUCUAACAAUGGUUUUUGCAUUGCAUGUCUUAACUGGGUAUCAUUCGGUACUAGCUCUCUCACACUCUGUCCUAAUCACAACACCUUUUCACCUCCCCUCUCCCAUUUCUCCAAUGUCCCCUACCCCUGUUCCCUCCUCCAAAUCCCUGGCCCUGAGAGAGCGAUCCAGUGGGCAGCCUCAGACACACACAAACACGCGUUCACACACACAAGAGCAAACUCGAUUUAAAAAACACCUGUGCACAAACUGUGCUGGCCUCGAACUUGAGAGAGAAGAUUGAUUUCACACCGUGCCAUUUCACAUGAUGCGUUCCGGCCUUUUACCUUUGGAGACACUUACACCAAGUCAGGGCACCGCUACAUCACAGCACCACUGGCAACAAUAUUCAGUUAGAAUCAACCUCAGUCAGAUUAGAAGGAAACGCACAUGCCCAGGGAUUUAUGACGGGUCAAAGGUCAUACAGUACACUCUCAUGGUGCAGUACGACUGCAGUAACACACUGACCCCCUGCCCACCCUCAGUAUGGGUGGGCAGGGUAGCCUAGUGGUUAGAGCGUUGGACUAGUAACCGGAAGGUUGCAAGUUCAAACCCCCGAGCUGACAUGGUACAAUUCUGUCGUUCUGCCCCUGAACAGGCAGUUAACCCACUGUUCCUAGGCCGUCAUUGAAAAUAAGAAUUUGUUCUUAACUGACUUGCCUGGUUAAAUAAAGGUAAAAAAAUAAAAAAAUAAAAAAAAUAUGUUAUCACGGGUGCUAACAGCCAUUUGGUGUCUCUCUGCUCUGGGUUCCAGGUGCUGACAUCAUCAACAUGAGGUGGGUCUGACAGACUGUGACGAUGUACCAACUGCUUAAAAGCUAUGUUGUUGUUCACAUCCAUGUAUCAACAGAGCUGUAGGUGUCUUUGCAAUGAUCAACCUUGUAUAGGUGUUUUUUCACUGCCACCCACACGCGCAACAACAUUGCUCGCUCGCCCACACACACACACACACACACACACACACACACACACACACACACACACACACACACACACACACACACACACACACAGAGCCUAGAGGAACACACAAUUAUACGCAGACUACGGUGCUGUUGCUCAGGCACCAGCUGUGUCUUUUCUCUGCUCUGUGCUGUGUUAGUGUUACUCCCACCACCUCCCCGCCUUCAUUUGGGAAAAUGAACCCCUGGAAGAUUACCAAGGGAAAGGUCAUCGGCUGUCAGUCACUCGUCCCCUUUACAACCCUGACCCCGCCUAGGGCUCCAUCUCUAUUCAGCACCAGCUCCAACACUGCAGGAGGCAGACUGACGAGGUCAGUUAGACAUUUUUAAGGUCAUUGAUUGUAAUGGAUCCAAUGAUCCUGACCAAGUCUGUCCACCGGUUAAGUCACAACUCCUCAAGGUCAACUGAACAGACCCAAGGUUAGGUAUCAACUGCUCUCCAAUAUGGUGGUUCUAAGAGGGCAGGGCCUUGGUUGGAAGGUGUUCUAUUUGGCCUGAGUCCCUUGAGGCCCAUGCAGGGGCUGUUGUUUCCAUUUAGUCACACCUAUCUGAGCCUCAGCAGGGAGGAAUGUGAGCGUGCCAGGCAGACAGACAGAGCGCCAAGGACAGCGGAGCUGGAAAUAGAGCUUUACAAGGAAGAGGAGAGCUGCCCCCCUGCUCUGUCCAACAGACCCGGCUCCACAAGACUCCUGUAAAAACACACAUUCCACAGGGGGACAAGAGCGGGUGACGCCUGACUGCCACCCUCUGUUUUCUACUGUCACAUAGUUACUCAAUCACUCAUACAGAGAUAAUCAUAUUAAAUAUGACCCAAGUUUUGGUUGUUCUUUUUUUGGACAUUAAUUCUGGUUAAGUGGAUUAGCGUGCUGUCUGUUCUGUGGGUUAAGGCCUAAGACACUGAUGGUGCAGUAAUCCCUAUUAAAAACCUUCCAUAUAACGCAAGGGGCUUCUGAACCCCAGUGUGAGGCUCACACACAGCCAGCGUCUACUACACACAGAAAACAUCACAUCACUAGGUUUGAAGACACACACAGGUUCCUGGUAUGGUGCCCCCUGUAUACCUCUUCCUUCCUUUACCCCCAUCUAUUUGGUUUUACCCUCCCUCCACCUCCCCCUCCCAUGCACUGUGUCAAUGACAGCACAAUGCACAUUACCCUCCCUACCAACACUCGGUGUGGAUUUCUCUUGUUUGGAUAACAUUUUCUUUUUAUUUCUCCUAUAUUAACAAUAAUCAUUAAAUCAGUGAGUUUAUUGACAUGCCUAGUUACCACAUUUCUGUUUUGUGUACAGUGUUUUAUAAAUUUUUUAGGGCAAAAUAAAGAUUUUAGCUCUUUUAAUAAGAAAAAACUAGAAAACAAAUUGCAGUUGAAAGCGUUAGUGACUGGCCGGUUUCUUACAUUGUGUCACGUGUGACUGUUCUUUUGACAGCCCAGUAUUUUAAAGCCAGGUUCGUAUGGAAAUGCCUUCACUCCACUUGCACUGCUGUUGGAACUCGCCGUCGUUGCUUUUCAUCGUCCGUCUGUCUGUUUCUUCUUCAUUUAGUACAUUCAUUCAUCUGUUGUUCAGCACACAGCCUGCGCCUCAUCUCCGCCCUCACACUCUGCUCAGUCCAUUCUGAUUGGCUCAUCGAUCAGUCUCAGCCAUUUUGGACUGAAGUUUCUCCCCAUCACCAGCCCCACCUGGUUUUCCUCAUUCUAAUUUACAGACGCAGCUAGAGUUAUUAUGGGGGAGGGUUACAGACUAUUGUCUUACAUUUGAUUUCCCCCACUACCACCCCUGAGAGGUGCUAUUAGAUCAACUACUACUCUGCUCAGCCAGUGCUUGUGUUUCAGUGUGGGUUGUUGCAGGCAGCUACAGCGGUUAGAACUAAAAGCAUCCCCAGUAUCUCUUUGUCAAUGAGAGCAGGGAGGAGCCCACUGCAGCACCAUCUGCAGUGCAGAGCGACGAGGCUGCAGAGGAUCAUGGGAAUUGUAGUCCUCCAGCCCCUCUCUUAUUUAUAUCUGCUUUGACUUGAUGUGUCUAGCAACCAGCAUGAACAUGUUUAUAUGGUGACACCAUGCUAGGUGAUGUAUAUCCCCAGUUAUUAUAAGUACACAUGCGAUCCCUCUCUCCAGCAUAUCUGACACAGACACAGCUCAUAUAUCCCCCAUUCCCAGGCUCUGUUCUACUGGGUGUUCCUGUCUGGAAUUAGACAAGGAGUAAAAAACACAACCAAACAGAGCAAGGAAGUGGUGCAGUUCAACUUUUCCCUGGGGUAAGGUAGGAAAACAAAUAUUUGGGUAUUUUAUCAGCAAGGCUCUACAACAAAUCCUGUAUAUGAGGGAGAUUGUCGGUGGCUUUGGAGGGGAGUUGCCAUUUCAACAAUAUUUUAUGUGACACACUUAAAACAAACCAAUUAGGUAAUGAUAUUUUAGUCACCGAUAAGCAAGCGGGGAGCGUUUACUUAGUUAUACAGAGGGAGGGGGGAGGGGGGGAACUAGUUUAGAUUGAAAUACCACAGGGACUCGAUAAAAUUGAUUAAAAUCCAUCUCUGUGACAAAGGCAGAUGGGCGGAGAUGCAGCAUGUUCUGUGUGUGACAACCACUACCCCUUCCACAUGCACUAACCCAUACUGCCCCACCCCACCACCACCCUUACAUCUCCAUCCACUUCCACUGCCCUCUCUCUGUCAAGACGAUCUACUAUGACCCUGUCCAACCAUCACCUCUGUGCUUGAGCCCAUCUCAGACUAACACCAUUGGUCCGUAGGCCCUCUGUUGACCCUGCCCUUCUGUAUAUGCAUCAUCAUAUACAGUCCAGUACUAACAUCGUCUCUUUUUGUUCAACUCUAACAAAAAGAUGCAUGCUGUUUUACUUUGGUUUCAAUCCCUCCCACUUGGUUUUCUGUUUGAAAUUUGACAUCUACUCUCUUUGUGAUUAUAAAUAUCCUUUUUUUGGGGUUGGUUUGUAUGUUUUUGGUAGAUUGCAGCACACUGGUGAAUGGUAGUAGAAAAGCUUGGAAUAGUUAUAAUCACAACUGAAAUGCAACUUUUAAAAAUUGUAAAAUGUAUUUUUUAAAUCUCAUUGUUUCUGUUUUCUUUGUGCUUGAUGAUGUGCUGUAGCUUGUGGUGGUGCGACAGUCUUGCUUUUCACUUUGUUUUUACUGCCGACCCAUAGCGUUAUAAGUCUCAGUCACUCACCUGAUGUCUUCCUCUCUCCUACACAGUCAUACACACUCUCAACCCUGGGCCUUGUAAUGGUAACCCAAGGCCCUCUUAGCACUUUCUCUCUCUUUCUUUCCCCCUCUCUCGCUGUAUUUCUCUCGUGACGGCUGCAUUUUUUUCGUGGCGCUCCCCACUGUCUUGGUUAUGGAAUCACAACAAGCUUGGAGGUUCUGGUCCUCUUUCUGUUAACGCAAGAUUUCCAUACCUCGUUUUUGUUCCAUUUGUCUGUGUGCGAUAGAUCUCGCUCUAUAGCGGUUCAUAUAUGUAUAAGCGUGUGAUACAUAUAUUACCGUCUCCUUUCUCCUCUUCCUCCUUCCCCUCGUACCUCCCAGACAGCUGAUAUUCUCUGUGUUACAACAACGAGUAGAACAUGGGACGCUUCAUCCCCAGUUUGUAAGCUUUAGAGGUUUUAAUCUGUUCCUGUUAGGGUAGGCUCCUUCUCUACCCCUCGGGGUGGCCAUAAGGAUGUUAGUUCAGAGACUACACACUCCCUCCUCACCUCCCCCCUGUGCUGGAAGACACUGAUGUCACAUGGUGGAGGAGGUGGUGAUGAUUUGGUAGUAGUCCUGUAUGUGUUUGUGACCCGUGCCCACGGGAAAAGCUUUUCUUAUUAUUGGAAUGUUUUUGGUCUUUUUCUCCUCUGUUCUGUCUGCCAGGAUAACAUUGGGCACCGACUGCUUCAGAAACAUGGCUGGAAGCUGGGGCAAGGACUGGGCAAAACCAUGCAGGGACGCACCGACCCUGUGCCCAUCAUCCUUAAAUAUGAUGUUAUGGGGAUGGGACGCAUGGAGAUGGAGUUGGAUGUUGCCGAAGAUGCUACAGAGAAGAGGAAAGUGCUGGAGGUGGAGAAGGAAGUCACAGAGGAAUUACAGCAGAAAUACAAGGACCAGGUGGAAAAGGAGAAGGCCAUCGCCAAAGCCCUGGAAGACCUGCGGGCCAACUUUUACUGUGAGCUGUGUGAGAAACAGUACCAGAAGCACCAAGAGUUUGACAACCACAUCAACUCGUACGACCACGCUCAUAAGCAGAGGCUUAAGGAGCUGAAGCAGAGGGAGUUUGCGAGAAACGUGUCAUCACGCUCCAGGAAGGGUGGGAAGAAGCAGGAGAAGAUGCUACGCAGGCUGCAUGAGCUGGCUGAGCAGAGGAAACAGCAGAACCGUACCCCGGGAAGUGGUCCCAUGUUCAAACCCACCACCGUGGCAGUAGAUGGGGAGAAGGGUGAAGAGGGGAGUGCUGUAACCCCUGAGUAUGUCCCCCCUGCAGACACUGCCAUGGAGGGCCUGUCAGUGGAGGAGAAGAGCAGUGGGGGUCAGGCCUCCCCCAAACCAGCCCCCACCGUCAGCUUCUCCCUGGGGAAGAGCAGCUCAUCCCCGGCCGGGGCCUCUAAGGUCAGCGUGUCCUUCUCCUUUGCCAAGAAACCCCCGGUGAAGCUGGAGACGGUCGCAGCAGUGUUCGCUAAACUCCAUCAGGAUGACGAGGAGGAGGGGGGACAGGAGGAGGGAGGGGAGAAGGCCGCGGGACAGGAGGAGACCUCCGGCUGCAGCACCGAGAGCCCCAAGGGAGGAGGAGGGGGGAAUGGAACAGCAGGGCCAGAGGAGGAGGAGGACCAGCAGGAGGAACAACUACAUCAAGAACAACCAGAGCAGGAGGAAGAGGAUGAUGGCGCCUCCCUAGCCUCCACUCUCAACAAGCUGAAGAUGAUGAUGAAGAAGGAGGAAGGCUGGGCCGGCCAGGAGCCUGAGUACUACCACUACAUCCCACCAACUCACUGCAGAGUCAAACCCCGCUUCCAGUUCCUGGUGUUCAUGAAGGCCACAGACCAGUGUGAGAUCAGGGAGCAAGAAGAAGAUGAAGAAGAGAAGGAAGAAAAGGUGGUAGCAGAGGUUUCUGAGCAGACACAGCCAAAGGCUACUGAGUGCAAAUCAGAGGAGCCAGAGAGAACUCCUGCAGCUCCAGUCACAGAGCCCAGUCCUACUCCCACAGUCACAGAGCCCACUCCUACUCCCACAUCACCUAAACUGAAGACUGAAGAGGUCUCUGCCAGCUUCACAGACCCUCCUCCCACAACGGCCCCCACGCUAGAACCAGACAACAAGCAGGAGGCCCCACUCCCAGUCCCAGAGCCCAACUUGGGCCCCAAAAUCCCCACCGGUCCCUUCUUCCUGGUCCUGAGCAAAGACGAGAGCACCACUCUGCAGUGGCCCUCGGAGCUGCUGGAUUUUACCAAGGCUCAGCCCGCCCUCUCUUACAGCUGCAACCCCCUGUACUUCGACUUCAAACUGUCCCGCAACAAAGGGGCCCGUGCUGGACGAGCAGCAAAGUCCUCCAAGCCCGCUGGUGAAGGAGCUGAGAAAAAAAACAAUCCUGAGGCAGCUGCUGCAGUCAAUGAGGGGAAUGCUGCUGCCACCACCACCCCUGGGCCCAGCACUGACAACACUGGUAAGGAGCAGCCCUCCUUAAAAAUAGAGGGUUCCCAAGGGGAGACUGAGGAGCAAAAGCUACAGAGUAGCACAAGCGGAGCCAAGAAGAAGAAAAAGAAGAAGAAGCAUAAGAAAUCUGGCAAAGGCUCCAAGCGCAAAGAAAAAGAGAAGGGAGCCGUAGUGGACGGGGACGCGGAAACUGAGAUCCUAGGAGAGAGAACCAAAAAGAAGAAAAAACACAAACGAAAGAAGAGCAAAAACAAAGGUGAGGAGGGGGAAGAAGGAGGUGGUGGUGGUGAUAAGGAAAAGCCUAAAGAGGAUAAAGCAGUAGCCGCAACGGUUUCUAGUGCUCCCCCAGCACCAACAGGAACGGAACCUGGGAAGAGGAAACGACCAGCCAAAGAAGCACUUCAGAAGUCCGGGGCAGAGGAAGGUGGGGCAGGGAAAGGUUCUGACGAGGCCAAGCCCUCUGAGGAGCACAACGGCACCAAGCGUCUGAAGACAGACCCCAGCGCCCCACCCAGCGCUUCCUGCUCCUCCUCGGCCCAGAAGAGCCCCGGGCCAGGCAGACCACCCAGCAGUGAGAGUGAGGAGGAAGGAGGUGGAGGCUCUGCUUCCCGAUCCAGCCGCCGUAGAUCCACACCCCGGGAGGGGCGCCGGCACCAGAGCGAGGACUCCGGCCGCUCCCGAAGCCACUCGUCGCGUCGGGGAGACGGGCGAGGGAGCAGCCGGCGGCGGCACCGUGGCCAGGCCUCCCGUAGCCAGUCAGACUCCAGCAGUUCAGAGCGCUCCUCGAGCGCCUACAGCCGGCGCAGCCGCAGCUACUCAGACAGUUACAGUGACGACAGUGACGGGGGGCGCCACCGGAGACACUCUAAACGCUCCUCUGACUCCGAGUACGAUCGACGGGGAAGCGGCGGGCGGCGGCGCUCCAGGAGACGUCACUACUCGUCCUCGUCCUCUGAGGACUCUCGCUCCCGCUCACGCAGCCACAGCCGCAGGAAGAGGCACCAGCGGCGGCACCGGAGCAGCUCUCGGAGCUCUAGCAGCAGGAGCCGCAGCAGCAGCGCCAGGUCAUGGAGACGCAGCUACAGCCGCAGUCACAGCUCAGCCAGCCGCUCCUCCAGCUCCACCAAGGGCUCCCCUCACCGAGGCCGGGGGGGCCACAGGGGCCGGGCAGACAGCGCCACACGGCGUCGAGACUUCAACCGCUCCUGCAUCUACCGCUCCCAGUCCCCCCGCUCUGCCUCAUCACGAGCCCCAAACCGCAACAGCAGCUCCCAGAGCCAGAGGGCAGGGGGGUCCCGGGAAGGAGGAGGAGACCAGAGGAACUCUUCCUCACACUUCACCGCCCGCCAGCUUCUGGAUAAGAUCCAGUCCAGGAAGGGAUCUGAUGUCCCAACCACAGGGACCAAGACUGGCGCCAAGAUCAAGGACCCACCAUCGGGCUACUUUGGGCCCAAACUGCCUCCAGCUCUGGGCAAUAAGUCCAUGCUGCCCCUGUUCGGUAAGCUGCAGGCAGGGAAGAAAUUCCCUGCGAUCCCCCUGACCCGGCCUGAUGGUGGAGAGAAGUCAUCAGCAGGGAAAGGUUCAGAUGCUGGGGCAGAGGUCAUCCUGAUGGAGCCCAUCCGGGAGUUCCCCCCACCGCCUCCCCCUCAACCAGCUCAUAAGAAAGUGGAGGAGACGGUAGUAGUAGUUCAGGAGGCCCGCCACCUCACCCUGGACGCACGGGUUCUUCAUGAGACCCGGCCGUUGUUCCAUCAGGAGCCCUCCAUGCUGAUGCCCCCAUACCAGGGCGAGCCGGGACAGGACCCCUCCCAGAACCCCAUGAUGGAGCCCCUCAUGCCCGACAUGCAGCAGCAGCCUCCCCCCAUGCACGCCUACCCCAACUACCCCCCGCCCAGCCUGGAUGAGGAGGACAUGGGCAUGGAGGCAGAGGAGGACGGUCUGGCCCCGCUGGAGAGCCAGCCCAUCACCUUCACCCCAGAGGAGAUGGAGAAGUACGGCAAGCUGCAGCAGGCCGCCCAGCAGCACAUCCAGCAGCAGCUCCUGGCCAAGCACAUCAAGACCUUCCCUUCAGCCGCAGCAGCACAGGCUGCAGCGAACAUGGCUGCAGCAGCGAACCAUCUGCAGCCGGCCCCCCCCCCCCCCCCAGCGCAGAUGAUCCAGAUCCACCAGCCUGCUGUGUCUGCAGCCUCGGCUACCUCCCUCACCACAGUACAACACCUCAUCCAGCAGCACCAUGCUGCUCAGGCUGCAGCCAUGGGCAUCCACCCACACGGACCCCACCCACACCCCCAGUUAGCCCAGGUCCACCACAUCCCCCAGCACCACCUCACCCCCAUCUCCCUAUCUCACCUGGGACACUCUCUAGGCCACACUCUGGGCCACCAGUUGGGAGUGGGACACGCUGGACUGAUCCCUGCCCACCACACGGCCUUCCUCUCUGGCCAGCCCAUACACAUUAUCCCAGCCUCAGCACUUCAUCACCACAGCCCCUUAGCCCUCCACCACAUACCACACUCAUCCCUCUACCCAACGCUGUUCGCCCCCCGGCACACUAACGCCGCUGCGGCAGCCGCACUGCAGCUCCACCCCUUCCUGCACCCCAUUUUCUCAGGGCAGGACCUCCAGCACCCCCCUAACCACGGCUCCUGAGAAAGACCUUCACUAGAGCCAUGUGUCCACAUCAGAGGAGGGUGUUUUGGCCAGAGCAGGCCUGGUUAAACAUCUGAGUUAACAUGGAGAGAGGGAGGUGUAGUGGCAGCAGGUGAUUAUGAGAAUAUCAUCAAAAUGGCCACCAUCAGACCACUGGCCAGACAGAGGUGCUGUGAUCUGCUGCCUGUGCAGAGGUAAACAACAGACAUUUACUGUGGGCUCUUUGAAUGGACCCCUCCUAACAAUUGCCUGACAUUCACCCUGAGGUUUCUGGACAGGGUGGAGGAGGGUUUGAGGCAACCUCAAAUCUAAGACGGCAGUUUGUUUUGAAUGGGAACCCAGUUUAAAAAAAAGAAAAAAUAGAAUCAGAAACCUCUGGAGUAUUUUUUUUGUCCCACAGUUUAUAACUGAUUGUUGCUGUCAAUGUUCUUCUUUGUUUUUACAGCCAAAGAGACGCAGUGGCUGAAGCCAUAAGCAGGAUGGUGUUGUGGGAAAGGAAAGGGGAGAUGAGGACAAGGGGGGGUUUAGGGUGACAUCCAUGACUGGAAACAGCCUUGACUUUGUAAUGUAAUCUGGUGGCUCUAGUCUACUGCCUGAAUUCUGUUGUCAUUAAUAUCUAAUGUUCUCACAUGACUACUUGCUCUAUUCAUGACCCGUAAUAUUCACCAAGAAUUUGUAAUACGGUAUAGUGUACAUAGAUCACUGAGCAAUGUGAAGUAUCCCUCUAAUAUGAUGGGCAUAUAAGGGAUGUUCUUUAUUACUGACUAAUGAAAUGUUACCCAUAAGGAAAUUAAAAUGGUCACUGGUGGGGGAACGCCGAUAAGAGGUUGGGCAAAGCUCAUGUUUUAUUGGAGGUACUGUGGGGGGGGUCACACCCUCUUAGUGCUGUAGGGUUAAAGGUCAUGUUGUUCCAAGUGGUAGUGGUUGUAUUUCGAAAUGACUUGCACUGAAAUCUGUACAUCAAGAUGCUGCUUUCGCAUCAUGUAACAAAUGUAUGAUUGUAGUAUACUGCAAUAAUUGUAUUUUUUUUGUUUCUAAAUUAUUUUCCAAAAUGCUCCUCAAAAUGUUUUUCCUUGUUUAAUUUUUGCUCAAUGUAAAUAAAAUGGUUGUAGUUAACCCCAAUAACAUUCUAGAGGUUUGUUGCUACUGUAAAAAAUAAAUAAUAACUGAAGGAACGAAGAUGGACAAGAAUACUUUAUCAAGACAUUUUCUGAACUAUUAUUCUGUAUGGGAAGGAUUGGGUGACGGGACUGCCCUGUAAGAGGCAGCAAUGGUAUGUCUUUUUUAAAUAUGAUGCGUCAGCAAAUAAAGAGUUUUGAGUUGCUA